AAAUUAAGAAUUAAAAAUUGAAUUAGAUAAUUUAAAAACAAAAAAUUUGUAAAAAAAAAAAAUAACUAGGGUUUGGAGAUGGUCUCAUGUCUUCACAUUUGAAUGGUUAAUAGAUCUGGUGACGUGACUGAGUUGGCAGGGGCCAAGCCAACGUUUCAUAGCUCUUGUGCAAAAAGUUGAAUGAAACGUAACUCUUGAUUGAAUUCAAUGAUCACUUGGAGACCCGAACCAGUGAAUCAGACACUACUACAAACCCUCAUAUUUCACCAUUUCAAAUCCACCAAACUCAUUCCUUCUCUACCUUACCACACUCUUCGUCGUCCCAACAGCAGACCCAGAACGAGUCCUCGCAGCCAACAAUCUCAUCACAAACCACCACCAAAUCUUCUUCGCAAACCAAUACCUUUCGUCACCGACCUCAAACAACUUGAAAACCCAGAUGAAGCCCUCUCUCUCUUCAACCACUAUCGCGAAAUGGGUUGCAAACACCACUACCCAUCUUACUCUUCUCUCGUUUACAAGCUUGCCCGUUCGCGCAACUUCAAAUGCGUCGAAGCCCUCCUUUUUAACAUUCGGGACCACAACAUUCGAUGCAAAGAAACCCUUUUCAUUGCUUUGAUUCAACAUUACGGGAAGUCCCAAUUGCCCCAGGACGCUAUUGAGCUGUUUCGCCAAAUGGAUUCUUUCAAUUGUGUCCGUACUUUACAGUCUUUCAAUGCCCUUCUCAAUGUUCUUGUUGAUAAUGGGAGGUUAGAGAAUGCGAAUGAGAUGUUUAAGGGUUGUUCCAAAUUGGGUUUUCGACCGAAUUGUGUUUCGUUUAAUGUCAUGAUCAAGGGGUGGCUUGAGAGGGGUGAAUGCGAACAAGCUCGCAAAGUGUUUGAUGAAAUGCUCGAGACACAAGUUGAACCCAGUGUAGUAACUUAUAAUAGUCUGAUUGGGUAUUUGUGCAAGAAAGGUGACUUGGAUGGGGCUAAGAGUCUACUCCACGACAUGACCCAGAAAGGGAAAAAACCCAAUGCAAUCACGUAUUCGUUGUUGAUGGAGGGUUUGUGCUCAUUGGGUAAGCAUAAGGAAGCGAAAAAGAUGAUGUUUGAUAUGGAGUAUCAAGGGUGUAAACCAAGACUUGUAAAUUAUGGUGUUUUGAUGAAUGACCUCGCAAAGAGAGGGAUGAUUGAGGAAGCCAAGGCUUUGAUUCUUGAGAUGAAGAAAAGGCGGUUUAAGCCAGAUGUCGUGACACACAAUAUACUGAUCAAUUACUUGUGUAAGGACGGAAGAGCUUCUGAGGCUUACAAAAUCUUGGUGGAUAUGCAGGUUCAAGGUUGUGAGCCAAAUGCAGCCACAUAUAGAAUGAUGGUUGAUGGGUUUUGUCGGGUUGAGGAGUUUGAGGAAGGUUUGAAGGUUUUGAAUGCAAUGUUGAUGAGUAAGCACUGUCCACGUUUGGAAACGUUUUUCUGUUUGGUUAGGGGACUAAUCAAGUGUGGCAAGGUGAAUGAUGUUUGCUUUGUUUUGGACGAGAUGGAGAAGAAGAAAAUGAGAUUCGAUUUGGAGUCUUGGGAAGUGCUGGUUAGGGAUGCUUGUGGUGAGGAUGGAGGUGCAAGCGGUCUUGUGACUGAACUGAUCUCUGCUCUUUAGUAGGCGGCUUCAUGGAAUCUGACUUACUGAUCCAUGGCAACUGGAAAUGUAUUAUCUAGCUUACCUAUCAUGUGGUGAAAUUGAUCUGUUGACUGGUUGGGAAACUGUACGCUGCUCUUGCAACAUAGCAUUCUGGACCUUAGGGUUCUUUCGUUGGUCUUUUCCUAGUUUCGGACUAUUAUUGGCUGUUUUUUUGCCGGUUCAGUUCCUUAGUAAAUGGCCAUUUUCAGGUACAAAAUGAAAGGCCACAGAUUAUGGAAAACAUUGGAUUUAUUGUUGAUAGAUUGUUUAUCAGGUAGACUGUAGACAAUAAUCAACCAUUAAGUUUGACAUCCAAAUUUCCUACAAAAUUGGAGGAAACCCAAUUAGUGCUUGGAGCUGGUAGACUUCAUCAACUGUUCAAUCCAUGAUCUAAUUAUGAACGGAGACAAGGGCACUUGAAUAUCUGGCAUGCAAGUGAGCUUACUGGUCUCAAAAUUGUUAUUCAGAUCUGUGAGAUAACGACUGUGCAUUGAUCAAUAAGAUGAAUAAAUGUAUCAAUCAAAACUAAAGAUUUAUGGCUAUUUACAGGUGCUUCCAAGAGUAAUAACAUGACCGGGAAUUUUGUAUUGUAGUAAGUUCAGAACUGUGGGAAGAGGAAAAGAUAUGUACAUGCGAUCCCCUCAUUUUAUCUGGUUUCAUUUAAUAUUAUUGACUGAUUUGUUUAAUGCUCAAAGCUGAACACAAAAAGUCCAACAUAUAGAAAUUGGGGUCCUGAUGAUUGAUGCACGGUUCACGUUGCUGUGUAUGCAAAGCACUUAUGCAGGUAUGUACGGUUCACGUUGCUGUGUAUACAAAGAACUUAUCUAUGCAAAGCACUUGAUUUCAUG